UGGAUCAGAAGAUUCUUUGAAAAUGUCCGAAUCAAAAGAACAAUUCAUUAACUGACGUCGCUGUUUUGGGCCUGUAGGUUACUGAAUCACUUCUGCUCGUAAAAUUUGUUAUUUUCCUGAAAUCUAGUGACUGCACUCUGGACUGUUAGGCACAAGGACGUUUGGCCUUUAUCACCUGUUGGAAGGCUGAAGUCUGCAGCAUGUCUCUGACAAUUUCUAAAGGUGAGGGUUUGACGGUCAUCACCAUCGCCUCAAACCCAAAGAGCAAAUGGCCCGUUCUGUGUCAGGUUUUGAGUUUUCUGUGCUGCAGUCCAGUGUAUUCUGUGUCUCAGAAUAUGAAAAGGAAGCUGACGAACAUCCACACAGCUCUUGGGACUAUGCAGAUAAUAGUUGGAGUCAUCAAUAUUGUGAUUGGGAUUUUGGUUCGAAGCUCUGGGAUAUGGAACAACAUUACAGAACUUGGGGUUGCUUUCUGGAUCGGUGGUGUGACCCUUGUAAUUGGAAUCAUGACUAUUCUUGCAACUAAGUUUCCCAGCCCUUUUCUGCUGGUCAUCGCAGUGAUUCUGAAUGUAGUCAGUGCUGCACUGGCUAUCACAGCUGUUGUGCUGUAUUCAGUGGACCUGGCAAAUGGAAAUGGUCUAUAUUGUGACACCAGUUAUUACACGUCUUACGGCUCUGCUGCAACACCUUCCCCUGAACAGAUGAGGAACACUGAGAUCUGUAUGCAGUACAAGUAUCUCAAUAAGAUGAUCUUCGGAGGACUAGAUAUCAUGAUGAUAGUGCUGUCGGUCCUUCAGCUCUGUGUGACCAUCAGUUUCUGUGUUUUGACUGGGAAAGCUUUGUGCAAGAAGGAUGAAGAUGUAAAGUCGGUGGAGGAUCCAGAACUUCACAAGCCGCUCCUGGAAGACGACACUGCUGGUGCUGCAUGUUAGAGAGACAAGAUAUAAAGCAACAAAUAUAUACAGUACAUACAACACUUCUCAAUAUAGAGAUGAUUUCCUAUAUGUUUAUUCUUAUUGGGUGUUUUCCUUAAACGUUUGGUUACUGCUAUAAAAUAAGGGGCUGCUUUUUGAAAUAAAUGAAUUGAGUACUUUGGCAUCAUCAUUAUAUAUAUAUAUAUAUAUAUAUAUAUAUAUAUAUAACACCUCUUGACUAUAGUUCCUUUUAUAUUAAGUUUAAAAUGCGUACAAGUUUGCAUUAUUUGUCUCCGUUCAAAACUGACCUUAGAUGGAGCAGGUUUUCACCCCAAUCUGACAUUUAAAGCAAUAGUUCACCCAAAAAUGAAAAUUUACUCACCCUCAGGCUAUCCAAGAUGUAGAUGAGUUUGUUCUGUCAUGGGAACAGAUUUUUAAGCAUUACAGAAAUGUAGCAUUAGAUCACUUGCUCAGCAAUGGAUCCUGAAUGGGUGCUGUCAGAAUGAGAGUCCAAACAGCUGAUAAAAACAUCACAAUAAUCCACAAGUAAUCCACACCGCUCCAGUUCAUCAAUGGCCUUAGGGUGAACUUUUCCUUUGAGAAAGUGCAUCCUAAGAACACAGUUCUCCAAUUCAAAAUCUGCGUGAGUAUUGAGCCUGAAUGUAGUGAAAAUAUCUCUUUUUCAAGUAUAUUGAAAGUCUUUUGAUUACAUAAAGAUAGAAAACAUUUCAGAACAACGACUUAAAAGUAAUAUCUUUUUGUGGCCAUAUGCACGAUUUCACCACCAGAUGGUGUUAAGAUGCUUGAGUUUUAAGCAGAUCAUUUGCCUUUGAAAGAGACAUAACUUUGCCAAGGCUACCAUACAGAAUUGUGUGAUAAACAUUAAGUAAGACGAAAUUCCACCAUUAGUACUUAACUCUAAAUAUUAAAAUUGAAAAGCCAUUUCACAACAUAUAGGAACUAAUUAUCUGUAUAUGUGGCCAUUCUCUCUUUCUGUCUAGUUUUCUGUGGUAUUACCAUGUGAAUAUGUAAGCAUUCCUUGAUGGCUGGGAUUACAUUUAACUAAAUUUGCUGCCACUUUUGACACUGAAAAGAUUAAUAUGUGAAAAAAAUCAUUUUGAUUGUAUAAUCACAGCACCUGACAUUUCUUUUGCUGUAAUGACCGUCUCACUGUCCUUCUUAUUAUAAGACUUAUUAAAGACAAAAAAAAAAAAUA